UUGGCGCCUGCGUAAUGAUGUCGGGCAACCGAUAUCGAAGUAAAUAAUGGAAGUGGGAAGUGGGUAACACCAACAAAAUCCAUUGCAUCUAACCGUUAACGAUGUUCAACGGGGCCUAGUUUUCCUCUAGAUUGUUUAAGAAAUAUGUACUUGACCGUAUAAGAAGCUCAUUUUAGCCUUUCCGGUGUAGAGAUGGAGCUGAGAGUCGGAAACAAGUACCGCCUCGGACGGAAGAUUGGAAGUGGUUCGUUUGGAGACAUUUAUCUUGGUACUGACAUUUCAAACGGAGAAGAGGUUGCCAUCAAAUUAGAAUGUGUGAAAACAAAACACCCACAGCUCCACAUAGAGAGCAAGAUCUACCGAAUGAUGCAAGGAGGAGUGGGAAUUCCAACGAUAAAAUGGUGUGGAGCAGAAGGCGACUACAAUGUCAUGGUGAUGGAACUUCUAGGACCUAGUCUGGAGGAUCUCUUUAAUUUCUGCUCACGUAAAUUCAGUUUGAAGACGGUCUUGCUACUGGCAGAUCAGUUGAUAAGCAGAAUUGAAUAUAUUCAUUCAAAAAAUUUCAUUCAUCGUGAUGUGAAACCAGACAAUUUUCUUAUGGGAUUAGGAAAGAAAGGAAAUCUUGUGUAUAUUAUUGACUUUGGAUUGGCCAAAAAGUAUCGUGAUGCUCGAACACAUCAACAUAUACCCUAUCGGGAAAACAAGAAUCUCACCGGCACAGCUAGAUACGCUAGUAUCAACACACAUCUCGGAAUUGAACAAAGUCGACGGGAUGACAUGGAAUCAUUAGGGUAUGUUUUCAUGUACUUCUUACGUGGGAGCUUGCCAUGGCAGGGACUAAAGGCGGCGACAAAACGUCAGAAGUACGAGAGAAUCAGUGAAAAGAAAAUGUCCACUCCCAUAGAGGAACUCUGUAAAGGAUUUCCCUCGGAAUUUGCCACCUACCUGAAUUUUUGUCGGUCUCUAAGAUUUGAUGACAAACCUGAUUAUUCCUACCUUCGACAACUCUUCAGAAAUUUGUUCCACAGACAAGGGUUCACCUAUGAUUAUGUCUUUGACUGGAAUAUGCUCAAAUUUGGCACUGGUCGCAACAGUGAUGUAGAUGAUCGACAGAAAGUGAGCUCAUCAGCAAGGCCACUACACGGUACAGCCGUGCCUGGCAGUCGAAUGCGAGGUGAACAGAUGCCUGUACCAGGCACGACUCCACCCGGAGAUUUCACAAAUGUGCGAGCGUCUUCCUCACGCACAAGGGAAAGAAUGCCAACUCGCCUAUCGUUGGCCACCCGUGGGCAAGAAUCGAACGCUGAUGUGGUUGUAACAGACAGUAAGAUAAGUGAGAGUAGGCUCGCUACUCCAUCUUCAGGGGGAAGGAUAAGCUUUAAGGGCUCUAGCCUGCCGAUCCCAGUAGGGAACCCCAGUGACAGUGCCAAACUCCGCCGCAUAAUGCAGGAUACACGCCCCCACAAUGUUCAGCUGAAGCCUAGACAAACUUGAGAUUUAUUGUGGUGUUGUCUGGUUGGAGAAUUUUCUAUAGUGUGGUGCCCAUGCUCAGACAGUUAAACUAAACUGUUAACAGGGGAAAAUACACGUGGCCUUUAGGAAAGUCGGUCUGCCAUCAUGUCUAGUCAUUGAAGUUGUGUACAAAUAUAUAUAUAGAUGAUGUAUAACGAUGUAAAUAUGUACCUUUGGGUAGGAUGUAUCUGUGGACUGAGAGAAGUAUGGUACUAUGUUGUGUUAUAUAGUAUAAAUUGGAUGUAGUUAUUUUGUUACCGCUGGUGUACACAUAUGUCUGUGUGGUACAGUUGAUGCUUCAGUAUACAUGUACAGUAGUCAUCAACUGUCCAACAACUGACUUGUGUUUCCAUCCUAUGUACAACACAUCUGUGGUCAUAGUUAUGUUUGAUUCAGUGGUGAUUUUAUCAUCACUGGUUAUAAUUUUGAUCAGGUGUUGUCUUAAUGAACAAUCAGUUCAUAUUUAGAUUUUGUUAUCACAAUAGAAGUUCCAACCAACUUAGAUAAUUGUACCGUAAAAAUCCUAGCAACCUGUAAUUCAACAUAAGGAUGAAUAAAACUGUUUUAAUUGGACGAAUUCCAGAAGUAAACAUUUCUACAAUAAUUCAAAAAGAUCAUUUUAAAACAAUGAUUUUUCGUUAUACAUAAACAGAGGUUGUAUGGGUUGUUUGUGGUAUCUUUAUAUUACAAGUGGGGAUUUGUAUUUUAUAGCUUGGACUCUCAUCAUAUGAGCAGCCAUUGAAACAAAAUAUCUAUUUUCAAGGUUCAUUGAGUGAACAUACCAUGUAUGGAAGAUUUCUAGUUGAAUUAUGUGUACAUUUUCAUUUGUAAAUUUAUGUUGUCCUUCAGUCCAACAAUCCUAACAUGCUAAGGCCUAAAUCUAUGUGCUGGUAAUCUUCAUUAUAGCAAGCACUAGCUAUCGUUUAAAAGUCAUGUCAUCAAAUACCUUCCUGGUUUAUGUCAUGUUAUGAUAGGCCUGUUGGCAAUUUAAAAACGUACUUCAAUAACAUUCAUGUAUAGUCACUAAUGUGUUCAACUAGAAAUGUUCGCUAAUAUGUUUUGUUGGCAGGUUCCUUGAACUGCAAAAAAUUGUGAAAACGACCAAUUGAUAAGAAAAUUGCAUUAUAUACAUCAGUAAAACAAAUUAUUGGAGUUAAAAAAGAGAAUGAGAGUUUCCUAAAACAUUGGCUGUUUUCAAGGUCAGACUGGUGGAUUUAAUUGUAAGUGUAUAACGUUACGGUCAAUGGAGACGUUGGUGAUGCAGCACUUAUAUGAAGAUUUAAAAGAUAAACAUAAUAAGUACAGUAGAAGUGUGGCAGAUGUUUGUGUCAUUGAUCCACUCUCAUUGUACAAUAGCUAGCAUCUGAUUAAGUCAUGCAACAUUUAGUGGCCUACAUUGUACCGUAUUCAUAUUUCACUGAGCAGUAUCAUGGUUUAUUGAAAAUACAAUGUAUUGUAAAACCUUGGUUAAAUUUGGAUACCCUGAAUUGAGGCUUGAUCAUCAAGUCUUUUCCUAGCUAAUUAGAUCAUCUAAGUCUUCUCUAACCAGAAUCCUGUCAUAUUCAUCAUCAGUGUUUUCCUCAUCACUUGUAUUGCCUGACUUGGCCAACUUCUCUCAUUAUCUGCCUGUAUUUUUGAUCAUCAUCAGUGCAGAGCCAGGCAUGGCCAGCUGUCUGCAUUCAUCUCAUUGUGUAGCUGUCUGUUUUCAUCCAGCUCUUCCUUGCAUCAUCACUGUAGCACCAGGCUUGGUCAUCACCAGUGAAGCAUCAGGACAGUGUUUCACUAGACUUGCCAACUCUCAUCUACAUGUAUCAUCGGUUUAGCACCAGGCUUAGCCAGACCUGUCUUACUUUCAUCAUAAGUGACGUCAACAUGCUUGGCUUGGCCAGCUGUCUGCUUUCAGCCUUUCAGCAUAUUGAAAAAAUAGCAGCCCCAAGUGAAGAUUAAGCUGUCUGUUCCAUCAAAAUGGCAGCCCCAGGUUUAGACUAAACUGUUUACUUUAAUCACCAGUGCAGCCUUAGGCUUGGCCAAUUGUUUACUUUCAUCAUCAGUGCAGCCUAAGGCUAAG